AUGAAGCCGAUCACCGCUAUUACUGCAGCCCUGGCGUUGCUCUCGGGCGCCGCUGCCCUCGACAUCCAGAAAUCCGUCAUCAUCAGUUACCCGCCCGAGACUCCCGACUCGGUUAUGACCCAAGCCAAGAAGGCCGUCAUCGACGCCGGCGGCAUCAUCACUCACGAGUAUAAGAUGAUCAAGGGCUUUGCGGCCAAGGUCGGCGAGAAGGUCCUCGAGACGGUCUCGGCCAUGGGUGCGAAGUAUCAGGUGCUCGUUGAGGAGGAUGUUGAGGUUCACGCGGUUGGUGGUCUUUGA